AUGGAUUCUGUAGUAAUCACCGAAGAGCAUGAGAAUCCGGAUAAUGUUGACCGCAUAAAUAAAGAGGCUUCUUAUUCGACCAAUGCGGAGAAUUUCAGUCAGGAUAUCUUCGCUGAAAAUCCUGCAAUUACUCCAGACGACUUCCACGACUCCAAUAACAUUUAUCAGUUGCAGAAUCAACCGGAAUCCGUCUAUAAUCCUGAAGUACCUGUUCAGCAUUUACAGUACGAAAACCAAGGUCAGCAUAACAUCGAAACGAUUUCGGCUCAAACCUAUUAUAGUACCCAAGAAGCUCCAUUUACGAGUACCUACGUAUCGGAGCAAUCGCAAGACUCCACUAUAGUCCACGUUAAUAACGGGCAAACUGAUGGUAAUAAUACUGAACAUUAUACCGUUGAUAAUCCUGACAAUUCCAAUGCUACAGACUAUAAUAAUGCUGGUAUUGUACAAGAUUGUACCACAGUAGAUGGAACGUUCCCUCAACAAGGCUCUGCGGAAAGUAAUACAGGCGACAGUUUAAAGAUGGAUGAUAGUAAUGUUAGUGAAGUAAUAUCCAACAGUGAAAAAUCAUCCAUUGAUGAAACUCCUGAAAAUAUCACUUUGGAAUCCGAGAAUGAGACUAUCAAUGAACAACCGUGUGUUGACCAAAAUACUGAGAAGAACACGGAGGAUAAUGGAGUGAAUAAGAAAGAAAAUGAUUCAAUUAUCGCAAAUGAUGAACAUACUGAAGUUGAUGCGAAAGUUACAGAAACUGAUGUAAAAAAAGCAGAUGUUAAAAAGACUUCUUCUGAUGGAGACAUUGUUGUUGAACAGUCUCUCGAAGACACUUCCUCGAAGGAAGAAAACAACGAAGAACAGGCGCAAUUUACUGACUUGCAGAAUUAUCAGCCGCAGCCAGAUGAAUAUACUUUCGUUGAGGAAGAAUCGUUCACAGAACAGGGGACAUCGAAGGAAGAUAAUGAACAACCGGAGCAACCCGAUGAAAUGGAAGCUUCAGACAUUUUAAAAGAUGAAGAACAGAACGAAUCCCAAACAGACACUUCUCUCAAAACCGACAAAGGCAAGAAACCCAGAAGAACUAGAAAGCCCAUAUUCGAAGUACCGAUGCAUUUAUUAGGACAUGACAUAAAUAAACCGAUCGAACAAAUUCAGAAUGGGAGACCUUUGCCUAGACCACGAUUGGGAGUAAAGCUGCCAUGUCGUAAUUUGACGAGUCAAAUUGUGUCGAAAGCGGAGAUCGAGCAAGUUAUUUUAGAGAGAGCGAGGGCCAAAGAAGCCAAAGAUGCUUCUCAAAAAAGCAGCAAUAAAUUUACUAAAAGCAUGACUGAAAGGUUGACCAGUAAAAUGUUAGGGAAGAACGUAAAAGAAGAAUCAAAGAACAAACAAUCCAAUACUAAGGCAACUAAAGAUGACGAAUCUAAAAUCAAAAAUGAUGAUGAUUUGUUGGCUAUUUUGGAGGGCGACGACGACGAGUUAUCUACAGUUUCUAGAGAAACGUCUAACGAGAUAGACGAUACUAAUAUAAAAUUAUUAGAACGCGAGAUAGCGUUGCAACAGCUCCAAGAACUACCGUUACAAGAGCCUAAAGAAAGAAUACAGAAACCCAGGUUUCCGACUGUUAACAGAACCUCUUAUAAACGCGACACCCCGCCGAAAUUAAAAUCCGAAAAUACAACACCGAAAAAAGUAUCCACGCCAAAAUCGGUAUCCUCAGUACAGAAAAAGUCCGAAAUCGAUUUGGACCUUCCGCCGGUCCUCAAAAAACAAGUGGACGUCGAACCCCAAGUUCGAGUCAACAUGGUAUUGAAGACCUAUUCUAGGAAAAGAAAGCCUUCCGAUGUGCCCGAAUUCGAAGUGACCCCCUUAAAGAGGCUGUCGUUCGAUGAUACCGAUCUGCAAGUUGACGAUUCCCCUAAAUCUGAUCCACUGGCCGUACAAAAUGUUUACAUGACCAAGAGCUCGAGGGUCAUCAAAAAGAAAGUUAUUUGGGAUCCCGAUGACGAUCAAACGUCAAAAAUUACCAAACCAACCGUCACGAAAAUCGACAGUACCAAAAUUCUGCAACCUAAGAUCGUCAAAUCAUCGCCGAUUGUGGAGAAAAAGGUCGUCGAGAAACCUGCGGAGAAACCCAAGCAAGAACAGAAGCCUGUUAAAUCGCCUGAGAAGAGUACCGAAAAGGCCGUUAUUAAGAAGGUAGUAACCAAAAAAUCGCCAGUUAACAAACCAAAGAGGGCAUUAUCAGAAAUCGAUAAACUGCUGAUGGAUGAAGGCGCAGUAAAAAUGCUGUACGACCUUAAAGGCGAGGCCAAUUCGGAGAAGAGGAAAAGACACAUAUAUUCGGUGGAGAAAGCUGAAAAAGAUAUACAAAAGAAGGCCAAUUUGUUGAAAAACGAUCUCGUUCAAAACACAUCCACCGAAUCGAUGAAAACCCUAAGAAAAAAGGACAGUCCUCUAAUAUCCCCCGCCAGAACUCUCCCGGUUUUGGAACGCAAGAUGUCCAAAGACUCCACGAGAAGUUCCGUGCAUACUCCACCCAGAUCCCCUACUAUGUUCUCUUCUCAAGCAUCGAUGUUAAUCAGAAGAAGAUCGAGCAGCUCUGUGUCGAGCGACGAUGAACUUUCCUCGAAGAAAUCUUCCAAGCCCAAGAAGCAGAAGAAAAUCUCGACUUCUACGGAAGAGGCGAAAGAAGAAGCCAACGCCUCGAUCAAAGACAUACCCAAGCCGGUGAAAGGGGCUCAAUACAAAUCUUUCGCUAUGAAGAGAUGCGGUAAACACGUUUCCAUCGUUUUGAAUUACGUCGACGAUUAUUGCUAUUUUACCACUGAGGUUCUCGAGGAGUUAAUAGCGGCGUUGAAAAAGUUGGAGAAAGAUAAGGAAUGCGUUGUUGUAUCUGUAACUUCAACAAGUACUGCUUUUUGUUUGGGUCUCGAUUACAGCACGUUGGUAUCUGAUGAUAGUACCGAACGUAUUGAUAAAGCUAAGAAAUUAGCUGUAUUAGUGAGGGACUUGUUUUUCAACAUCCUGAAUUUCCCGAAGAUACUAAUUGCCGGAAUCCAAGGCAAAUGCGAGGGGUUAGGCGUAACGAUGUUAACCCUCUUCGAUUCGGUUAUAGCCAGCGAUACAGCCACAUUUAGCACCCCUUAUGCGCAAUUGGGUUGUUUGGGAGAGGCCACGUUCUUAUUAUCCUACCCCAAUUUGAGUAACAACGGAUUGGCCGCGGAGUUGUUGUAUGCGAAUCAAACGCUGAAGGCCGAUGAAGCUUGCAGACGAGGAUUGAUAUCCAAAUUGUGCUGGCCGGAGAAAUACAAGGAAACUUUGAAGACUUUCUUGUUCUCGAUUUCGAAGGGUUCGAAACAGAGUUUGGAGAGCACGAAAAGGCAGCUUCGAGUGAAUUUGAAGAAGGAAAUAGAAGAGACUCUUGAAGCUGAGAUGGAUACGUUAGUUGAACAUUGGACGAGUUCGGAGUGUCAGGCGAGAUUCUCGGAGAUUGCGAAGUAA